AUGAGCAGCGCGGGUUUGUUCGGGAGGGUGCUGCCGAAGCCAGCCUCGAAGUUCCCCGUCAAGAGAUACAACUUCCUGGUGCCCGACAUCUUCCCUGUCAAAGCUGUCGACGUCGAUGAGGAUUUGUCCAGCGCGGUGAAGAAGCACAUUGAAAAGCUGCAGGAAUAUGUGUCAAAGAACUCGGAGAGGGCGCCAAAGGUGUCCCGCCGACUGGACAGAAAGAUCCGCAAGUGCCUCAUCAAAAAGAAGAAGUACGGGAACAUCAAGAUUGCUGUGCACGCAUUCAUCUACCUAUUGCAGCAUAGCAACAAGGGGGAUGCAGUGCUCUAUGCACAGGAGCUCGUCAAAGACCAGCCUGUGAUCGCAGUGGGACGCGAAGGCCAAUGCGUGCCUGGUGGUGUGUCGUCCUUGUUUUCAUCCAGCCAGGGAGGUCGGAUAAAAGGCUCUCUGAUCAGGCUCCUUUUGGAACACCACAGUAUCCAUCUCCGCAUUUUGGGAGCUGAGCUCUUGGCACACUUCCUUCAGCAACAGACAGAUGGUGACAACCAGGCUGAGAUUGAGUCACUGGUUCCCAUCGUCUCCAGAAAUUGCCGCCACCCAGCACCGUCAGAACUCGAUGGCACAAGCAAUGGGAAAGUACAAGAGCUUCGUACCGCCGGCCUUCGGGCCCUCAGAGAGCUCAUUGCUUUCAUGGAACGCCUCUCUGCAGCACCUCAGCAUUUGGACGACCUCAUCGUGUUUGCAGCUCUCUGGGACAGCCCGUGCCAGCACUGUGACUGCCCCAUUCAUUUCCAGUCUGCUUGUGAUCCUGUAGGCAACAGUACUGGAUAA